ACGUCAGUUAAAGAGAAUGAAGUGCUGAAUGAAAUGGAAGAGAAAGAUCAGUAUGAGAACCAUAACGUAACCUGCUUUCAGUGUGGAAAGCUUUUCACUCAACAUGGAAACCUUAAAGCCCACAUGAAAAUUCACAAAGGAGAGAAGCCUUAUACUUGCCAACAGUGUGGAAAACGUUUCAACCUAAAAUUAAACCUUAGUCAGCACUUGAGAGUACACUCUGGAGAAAUGCCCUUCGCCUGCCAGCACUGUGGAGUAAGUUUCACUCAAAAAGGAAGCCUUAACAGGCACAUGAGAAGUCACACUAGAGAGAAACCAUACACGUGCUCUCAGUGUGGAAAAAGUUUUGUUAAACUUGGAAACUUUAAAAUUCACAUGAGUAUUCAUACAGGAGAAAACCCUUUUAUCUGUCAACAGUGUGGAAAAAGUUUCAACCAAAAAGGAAACCUUAAGUACCACAUGAGAAUUCACGUUGGAGAAAGGCCUUUCACCUGCCAGCAGUGUGGAGUACGUGUGACUCAAAAAGGAAGCCUUAACACGCACAUGAGAAUUCACACUGGAGAGAAACCUUACUCAUGCCCUCAGUGUGGAAAGAGUUUUGAUCAACAUGGAAAUCUUAAAGUCCACAUGAGAAUUCACACUGGAGAGAAACCUUUCACCUGCCAACAGUGUGGAGUGAGUUUCACUCAAAAAGUAGUUCUCAAUAAGCACAUAAAAAUUCACACUAGAAAAAAGCUUUAUACAUGCCAUCAGUGUGGAAAGAGUUUCGAUCAAAAUGAAAAGCUUGAAGAACACAUGAGAAUUCACGUUGGAGAAAACCCGUUCACCUGCCAACAGUGUGGAGUAAGUUUCACUCAAAAAGGAAGCCUUAACACGCACAUGAGAAUUCACACUGGAGAGAAACCUUACUCAUGCCCUCAGUGUGGAAAGAGUUUUGAUCAACAUGGAAAUCUUAAAGUCCACAUGAGAAUUCACACUGGAGAGAAACCUUACUCAUGCCCUCAGUGUGGAAAGAGUUUUGAUCAACAUGGAAAUCUUAAAGUCCACAUGAGAAUUCACACUGGAGAGAAACCUUUCACCUGCCAACAGUGUGGAGUAAGUUUCACUCAAAAAGUAGUUCUCAAUAAGCACAUAAAAAUUCACACUAGAAAAAAGCUUUAUAAAUGCCAUCAGUGUGGAGUAAGUUUCACUCAAAAAGGGAUUCUCAAUAGGCACACAAAAAUUCACACUGGAGAGAAGCCUUUUACCUGCCAAAAGUGUGGAAAGAGUUUCAAUCAAAAAGAGAUCCUUAACAGGCACAUGAAAAUUCACAAAGGAGAGAAGCCUUUCACCUGCCAACGGUGUGGAAAGAGCUUUUAUCUACAAGGAAGCCUCAAGGUCCACAUGAGAAUUCACAAAGGAGAGAAGCCUUACACAUGUCCUCAGUGUGGAAAGUGUUUUGAUCAGCAUGGAAACCUUAAAAUCCACAUGAAUAUUCAUUCAGGAGAAAACCCUUUUACUUGCCAACAGUGUGGAAAAAGUUUCAAUCAAAAAACAAACCUUAUCAGGCACAUGAGAAUUCACACUGGAGAGAAGCCUUACUCAUGCCCGCAGUGUGGAAAGGCUUUUCAUCAGCAUGGAAACCUUAACGUCCACAUGAAAAUUCAUACAGGAGAAAACCCUUUUACUUGCCAACAGUGUGGAAAAAGUUUCAACCGAAAAGGAAACCUUAAAUGCCAUAUGAGAAUUCACACUAGGGAAAAGCCUUACACAUGUCAUCAGUGUGGAAAAAAUUUUGAUCAAAAUGAAAAGCUUGAAGUACACAUGAGAAUUCACACUGGAGAAAACUCUUUCACCAGCCAACAGUGUGGAGUAAGUUCCACUCAGAAAGGGAUUUGCAAUAGGGACAUGAAAAUUCACACUGGGGAGAAGCCUUACACAUGCCCUCAGUGUGGAAAGGGUUUUCAUCAACUUGGAAACCUUGAAGUCCACAUGAAAAUUCAUUCAGGAGAAAGCCCGUUCACUUGCCAGCAGUGUGGAAAAUGUUUCACUCAAAAAGGAAGCCUUAACAGGCACAUGAGAAUACACACUGGAGAGAAGCCUUACACAUGCCCUCAGUGUGGAAAGGGUUUUCAUCAACUUGUAAACCUUGAAGUCCACAUGAAAAUUCAUACAGGUGAAAGCCCUUUUACCUGCCAACAGUGUGGAAAACAUUUCAACCGAAAAGUAAACCUUAAUUAUCACAUGAGAAUUCACACUGGAGAAAGCCCUUUCACUUGCCAGCAGUGUGGAAAAUGUUUCACUCAAAAAGGAAGCCUUAACAGGCACAUGAGAAUACACAUGGGAGAGAAGCCUUACUCAUGCCCUCAGUGUGGAGUAAGUUUCACGCAAAAAGCGGUUCUCAAUAGGCACAUGAGAAUUCACACUCGAGAAAAACCUUAUUCAUGCCUGCAGUGUGGAAAAAGUUUUGAUCAACAGGGAAACCUUAACAUCCACAUGAAAAUUCAUACAGGACAAAACCCUUUUACCCGUCAACAGUGUGGAAAAAGUUUCAACCGAAACGGAAACCUUAACGUCCACAUGAGAAUUCACACUGGAGAAAACCCUUUCACCAGCCAACAGUGUGGAGUAAGUUUCACUCAAAAAGCGGUUCUCAAUAGGCACAUGAGAAAUCAUACUAGGGAAAAGCCUUACACAUGCCAUCAGUGUGGAAAGAGUUUUGAUCAAAAUGAAAAGCUUGAAGUACACAUGAGAAUUCACACUGGAGAAAGACCUUUCCCCUGCCUUCAGUGUGGAAAACGUUUCAAUCAAAAAACAAACCUUAACAGGCAUAUGAGAAUUCACACUGGAGAGAAGCCUUACACAUGUGUUCAGUGUGGAAAGAGUUUUCAUCAACAUGGAAACCUUAAUGUCCACAUGAAAAUUCAUACAGGACAAAACCCUUUUACCUGUCAACAGUGUGGAAAAAGUUUCAACCGAGAAGGAAACCUUAAGUACCACAUGAGAAUUCACACUGGAGAAAAACCUUUCACCAGCCAACAGUGUGGAGUAAGUCUCACUCAAAAAGGGAUUCUCAAAAGGGGCAUGAAAACCCACACUGGGGAGAAGCCUUACACAUGCCCUCAGUGUGGAAAGGGUUUUCAUCAUCAUGGAAACCUUAAAGUCCAUGUGAAAAUUCAUACAGGAGAAAGCCUUUUUACCUGCCAUCAAUGUGGAAAAAGUUUUAACCGAAAAGGAAACCUUAAUGACCACAUGAGAGUACACACUGGAGAAAGCCCUUUCACUUGCCAGCAGUGUGGAAAGAGUUUCACUCAAAAAGGAAGCCUUAACAGGCACAUGAGAGCCCACACUGGAGGGGAAGUCCUACAUAUGCCCUAAGUGUGGAAAGUGUUUCAUUCAGCAUGGAAACCUUAAAGUCCAUAUGAGAAUUCACAUUGGAGAAAAGCUGUAAAUAUCCCCUCAGUGUGGAAAGAGUUUUGAUCAACAUGGAAACCUUAAAGUCCAUGUGAGAGUUCAUACUGGAGAGCCAUUUCAACUGUCAACAAUGUGGAAAAAGUUUUAACCGAAAAGGAAAUCUUAAUUACCACAUGAGAAUUCAAACUGGAGAGAAGCCUUUUACCUGCCAACAGUGU